ACAUUGGUGUUUUCCAGGGGUGCCACUUGUCCCCGGUCCUUUUCAAUAUUUGUUUCCAGCUUCUGCUGGACUCACUUGCAGCCCCUGAAUUAAGUUGCCUCUCCUAUGAUUUUAAAUCUGCCCCUUUGCAAGUGUCCCAAACAGCUUUUGCUGAUGACUUAGGCCUCUAUAGCAAAUCUAGUGCAGGUUGUCAAAAACUCAUUGCGGUCACGGAGGACUUUCUCUCGUGGACCCAAUGUAUGCAGGCGGCGCCGCACAAAUGCAAAAGCAGUGCAGCAAAGCUUGUAGAUGGAGGGUACAAACCUUACGAUCCCUGCCUGACGAUGUCAGGGAGGAAGAUCGCUUUCAUUGACACUGCAGAGUUCAAGUUCCUGGGGCGAAGGCUGCAUGCUGAUUGCUCUGAGCAGACCCAGCGGGAAGACAUCCGUCAACUCACUGUAUCUCUCAUGCAAAAAGUAGAUGGCUCUUGGCUUCAAGACCAUCACAAGCUAUGGCUUUACCACCAUCUUGUAGUGCCCAAGCUUUCUUGGUCUUUCCAGGUUCUUGAACUCACACAAGGUUUUGUACGUGAACUGCACUUUAUGUGUUUACCAUUUCUGAAGAAAUGGUCAGGCCUACCUCGAUGCGCAAACUCUGCCAUUCUUUUUAUUGGCAGUCGCAAACGCUUUGGCUUAUGCCUCCACUACCUUCCUACGGUGUGGAAAAAGUGCCAGUCCAUCAAAUGGCACAUUCUUCGAUCGAGUGGGGACGCGCGCAUGAGGGCGCUGUACACUCUGCGUCGGAGUAAGGAUGCGAAGCUGACAAAGCGAUAUGCGGCGACAAUAGAGCUGGAGUGUGCAGAGGCAUCAGUAGGUUCAGGGACUCUCCGUCCACCGUCAUCUUCAAGUCAUCGUGCAGGGUUGGGUGCUCGUGCUCCGAAGCAGCAUUCCAAACCCCCGAGGAAGGAUCUCCUUCAAACAUUUGAGGAGAUCAACGCGCAGGAGCAGAUUUUGAGGCUGAAGACUCUUCAGGUGCAAGGCAAGUGGUUGGAGUGGACAUCGGUGAUGUGGCAGGACCUCUCGUGGAAAUCCCUUUUGUACGGUGGUACUGGUAAGGAUUUGAAAUUUCUUCUCGCAUCAACCCUCGACAUGCUACCUUCUCCGACGAACCUACGCCGUUGGGGAAACACCGUAGUGGAUCCGUACUGUAGUUUGUGCCGUGCCUGGGCCUGUACUACGCGCCACGUGCUUGGCGCUUGUCGCGUAGCGCUGGACCAGGGACGUUACAACUGGAGGCACGACAACGUACUCGGGGUCAUCGUCAGGAACAUGCGUGAGGAGAUUCGAAUCCGCACUGCUGCAAACACCGUACAAACCGAAAAUUCAAAUGAGCUUGACUUCAUCUCGUUUUGCAAGGCGGGAGAGAAGCCAGUUCGCGUUCAGCCCAGAUGGAAGUUGGUUACGACUGAUCUCCUGUCAGCGGCCUCAGACUGGAAACUUCUUGUCGACUCAGUUAGUGCAAAGAUUUCUUUCCCUAGCUGUGUUGCACUUACCACCCUAAGACCAGAUAUAGUUCUGUACUCUACGAGUCGUAGGAUUGUAUUCUGGAUGGAGUUGACAGUUUGUGCUGAGGACAGAUUCAGUGUCAGUAACUCGCGGAAGGACAGGCGGUAUGCGGAUCUGGCCGAUCAAUGCCGAGCAAACGGGUGGCAGGUCGUUUCUUUUUCGGUUGAGUAAGACGUCUCUGCGAAGCAGCCACAUCAUCUGGUUGCGACGUCAACAAAAACACUGGUCGGAAGAUCCACUUUUCUGAGGUACUGUAUGUGGGGCUCCGUUUAUUGAGGUGCGUUGAAAUUUAUUCUCUUUAUCUUAUUAUUUCUUUUCUAUAAUUUCCCCAUAUGAGUUCCUAUCAGUUGCUGUGAACACCUUGAGUGGAGAGCGCUUGCUCGAGCGUUGAACCGGGUUCUUAAUCCACAAUACCCAGUUCGCAAGGCUGGGCGGGGUUGUGAGCAGGCUUUCAUUUCAUCUUUUCUUAUUAUUUCUUAUUAUUUCUGCUUUUCAUCUCAUUACAAAAAUUCUGCGCUUUUUCUCCAUCUGCGCAUAAAAUCUAGACUGACAACCUGCUUGUUAAAUCAUGCACCUGCUUUCAGGCGUAAAAACCCUGUUGUAGAGGUCUCAGUCCUCAUUUGUUAGACUUACCUGUCUUUAUAAAUGUAACUUACUCUCUCUCUCUCUCUCUCUCUCUCUCUCUCUCUCUCUCUC